AUGCAUUCCAGAACUGAGACAAGAACCCCGAUCGGAGACCAUGUCUACCGGGAGUCUAUGGAUCUGGAAGACAUGCUGCACCAUAAGCUGGGCCGUCUCCUUGGCAGAAGCAAUGUAGGGCAAAGUCAGAGUGCGGCGGUGGUGACUGCUUAUUUGGUGAAAUGUCACAAAAUGAACUUUGGGGAUGCAUACGCCAAACUCCAGCAACUUAAACCUGAUCUCUUGUGCCCAAAGUGCACCUCAAAGUUGGGCUCAUUGUACUGGUGUGGGGAACAGUGUUCCUGUAGUCGAUGGGUGACUCCUGCCUUCCUGAUGCAUAAAAACAGAGUGGAUGAAAUUAAACACAUUAGUAUAGCCACCAGAUCCGGCACCAGGAUAAAGUGA